AGGCCUUCUCCACGGCCGACCUCUCCGCCGCCUCUUGGGCAUGAGCGGGGCCUCUCGCCACGGCCUGCUGCCCUACCUGCCGGCGCCCCCGCUGCUGGAUCCCGAGGGUGGGCCCGCGCUGGGAACAUGCUCCAUUCCGCCUACUGCUACGUGCGGGUCGUGGGCAGGGGCAGCUACGGGGAGGUGACGCUCGUGAAGCACCGGCGGGACGGCAGGCAGUAUGUCAUCAAAAAACUGAACCUCCGAAAUGCCUCUAGCCGAGAGCGGCGAGCUGCUGAACAGGAGGCUCAGCUCUUGUCUCAGCUGAAGCACCCCAACAUUGUCACCUACAAAGAGUCAUGGGAAGGAGGAGACGGUCUUCUCUACAUUGUCAUGGGCUUCUGCGAAGGAGGUGAUCUGUACCGGAAGCUCAAGGAGCAGAAAGGACAGCUUCUGCCCGAGAGUCGGGUGGUAGAGUGGUUCGUACAGAUCGCCAUGGCUUUACAGUAUUUACAUGAGAAACAUAUCCUUCAUCGAGACCUGAAAACUCAAAAUGUCUUCCUGACAAGAACAAACAUCAUCAAAGUGGGUGACCUAGGAAUUGCACGAGUGUUAGAAAAUAAUAGCGACAUGGCCAGCACCCUCAUUGGCACUCCCUAUUACAUGAGCCCUGAAUUGUUUUCAAACAAACCCUACAAUUAUAAGUCUGAUGUUUGGGCUUUGGGAUGCUGUGUCUAUGAAAUGGCCACUCUGAAGCAUGCUUUCAAUGCGAAAGACAUGAAUUCUUUAGUUUACCGGAUUAUUGAAGGAAAGCUGCCACCAAUACCAAGAAUUUAUAGCCCAGAGCUGGCAGAACUCAUCAGAACAAUGCUGAGCAGACGGCCUGAAGAAAGACCCUCUGUGAGAAGCAUCCUGAGGCAACCUUACAUAAAACACCAAAUAUCCUUAUUUUUGGAGGCCACAAAGGCAAAAACUUCCAAAAAUAACAUAAAAAAUGGUGACUCUAAAUCCAAACCUGUUGCUGAGGUCAUUUCCAGAAAGGCAGAAUCAGACCAUGACGUGAUCCACCACCCCCCCCACUGUUCUGAGGCUUCCAAGACAUAUGUAAUGGGUGAAGACAAUUGUUUGUCCCAAGAGAGACCUGUGGUUAUUGGUCCCUUGAAAUCGCCUGCUAGUCCAAAAGGCCACACUGGCAAACCAGACAUGAGCAAGACUACAGAAUCAUUAGCUACGAUUAGUAGAGUAAAUAUUGACAUCAUACCUGCAGAAAGGAGAGACUUAAUGAAUGAUGGCUCAGUUCAAGAGAAUCAACCAAGACAUUUAGAUGCUGCUAAUGAGCUAGGUCAGUGCACCAUUUCUCAAGUGAAAGAGAAGACACAGGACAACAGGGCUCAGCCUGAAAUCCUGAUUCCCAUACAGUGCUCUGAUAAUGGCCAUAGGGAAGGAAAUGAACCAGUGAAGCCACUCCAGCACCUAAAUAAAGACCAGAGGCCAAAGGACCAGGAACAAGUUGCUGAUGAAUAUAUUAUGGAAACGCAGGGCACAAUCCAUCUUGGUUUGCAGCCACACAACUCUGAGUCUGAACCAUCCCUUUCCCGACAGCGAUGGCAGAAGAAAAGAGAACAGACUGAGCACAGCGGGGUAAAGAGCCAGUUAAAAGAAGCACCUCUUCAGUUUUUGCCCUCUCAUCCUACUUUUGGAAAAGUGAAUGUCAUAUCAACACGAAACGUUGAAAACCAAAGUAGACUAGCCAGUGAGUCUGUGAGCCGUUCUACAAACAGUGAGAUAUCAUCAUCAAAGGAUCGACCAUUAUCAGCCAGAGAGAGGAGACGGCUAAAGCAGUUACAGGAAGAGAUGUCCCCUUCAGGCUCUUCAGUGAGGAGUGCAACUGGGCCAGAGAAACCACAGGAGGAAGUCCAUUCCAUCCCUACCCGACGGAUCUCUUCUGACUCCAGUAUUGCUCAGGUGCUUCAAUAUUUCUACAUCGGUAGACCGCUUUCAUUUAUUGUAAACAUCUGGAAAAGUCAUACAAAUGAAAUGAGUGACUUGGUACAACUGAUGACUCAGACCCUUAAACUGGAUUCUAAAGACAGCUGUGAAGAUAUCUUGGUACCAAAUCCAGUUCCAGAAUUCAAACUUCAUCGGAAGUAUCGUGAUACACUGGUACUUCAUGGGAAAGUUGCAGAAGCAGCAGAGGAACUCCAAUUUAAAGAGCUGCCUUCAGCUAUCUUGCCAAGUUCUGAAAGGAUCAGAAGAAUAAUUGAAAUCUUGAGAGCUGAUGUAAUCCAGGCCUUGGGAGUUCAGCUUUUAGAACAAGUGUAUGAUCUUUUGGAAGAGGAAGAUGAAUUGCAGAGAGAGGUACGUUUACAGGAGCACAUGGGUGAAAAGUAUACCACUUACAGUGCAAAAGCUCGUCAGUUGAAAUUUUUUGAAGAAAACAUGAAUUUUUGAGAAUUUGUUACAAUCUGUUCAAACUAAAGCUAUUCUCAAAGGUUUUGUCUUAAAAAGCAAACUAUUACAGUUUAGAUAACAUUCACCAUUCUUUUAUAUCUCUUUGGGAUUUUCUUAUGGAAAAGAACAAAGUUAAUAUAAAGCAAGUUCAAAGACAGUAAAAAAAAAAAAGCUUUUGGUUUUCAUACUCUUUUUAUGAGGAAAAAUGUUACAUUUGUUUGAUUACUGUUUACUGAGCCGAAACCAAUUUUAUAUUUGGAACUUUAUUUUUUUAAGGUACUAAUUAGCUUGAAAACAGUGCCAGAAAGCAUUGGUUUCAGUUAUUUUAUUAUAGUAAUAAUACAACAGUAGAAACAAGUGACAUGGCCAGUGAUAAUAUCUGCUAUUGUUAGGAAGUACUGUGUGUGCAAUAUAUACAUAUAUAUAUAUAUACACACACAUAUAUAUGUUAUAUAUAUAUAUUGCACACACAGAGUAGUUGAGAUAUAUAUAUGUAUAUUGUCAAUUUACUAUUCUGGGAAUAGAUUUAAAGAAUAUGAAGUUCUAUGUAGUAUUUGAGAAACUGGUUUCCUUUUUACAUAAUGAUGAACUGUUAAUAUUUUACUAUGAAUCCCAUUUAGGUAUAUGAGAAUUGGAUCUAAAGUAUUAAAAUACUUUGUAAAUCAUGUUUUCAUAUAUUAGUUUUAUUAGAUUUAUAUUUCUACCAGCAAGAAGUCUCUUAAACACUCUUUUUUCAAUUAAGCAAUUUGUGAGUAAAGUCCAGGUCCUUUAGUUAUAUUGAGCACAUGUAAUGUUUGUCUGCUGAAAUAUGUCUUCAUGUACAUCAAAAUAGUUUCCUUUCUAUGUAUGGCUGUAUAUCACAUCAUUUGUUUGAUAAGAAAUACUGCCUACACAGGAAAUAGUUUUUAUAAAGUAAAAUACAAGACCU